AUGGGGCCCGGACGAAGCGGAUUUGUAGUGCGUGAACAUGAGCACCUGCUCACGGAAGCUUCGUUGUGCGGCAUGGAGGCGUGGGGCCUUGUUCCAGAGCCAGUCACUCAUAAGAUCUGCGCCGCGCAUAUUGCAGCACCCAUGUACGACUGUGCUGCCGUCGGAUUGGGGGCCGUGAUCUUGCCGACAGCAGCUUCCGUAACUGCGGCCUUGGAAACGGUGGUGUCAGUGCUGGAACGGGGCCCUUACUUGGCGGAGGCUGCUUCGGCAACUAACAGCGGUUUUGGAAAUGGCAGCGGCGUUGGCGACGGUGGCGUCCGUGGUGGCGACCUUGGCGACGGCUCGCUUGGGGACGGCGGGUUUGCAUGGCGGUGCACCGUGGCACCCACGUGGCAGGCUUGGCGGAGGAAACGGCGAGUUCAGUGA